AUGGCCUCCUCCAUUUCAAGCGAUACUCGUGCUCAAGUUGUCCAAAUAUAUGACAAUCUACCUACAUACGCUUGCGCUAAAUGCUCUGCUGUUGUUGCUCUUCAAGACGAGCUGAUAAGUAAAGCGUUCUCUGGUAGAGAUGGCCGAGGAUAUCUUAUGCAUUCUGCAUGCAACGUCAAGCUUGGUGUAAAGGAAGAGCGGCCGUUGCUCACAGGUCUUCAUUCGGUUGCAGAUGUAUUCUGUAUGGGAUGCAAUGACAGGUUGGGCUGGUAUUAUCACAGUGCGUCGGAACACUCCCAGAAGUAUAAAGAAGGGAAAUAUCUCUUGGAGAAGGAGAAAAUAAUCAAAGACAACGCUUGGACUUUGGAUGAAUGA